CUCUCUAAAUUUGGCACCGAGUUCGUCGCGUUCCCUUCACACGUUCCUCUGCUCGUCUCUCUCUAUCUCGUUCGUUUCUGCCAUUGCUCUUGCAUUGUUCAUCCUGUUCUUGCAGCUCUCAUCCACUCUCUCCACCAGUUUCCUCUCCCUGUUCUCGCUGUUCCUGUGGGGCUGUGCACGCUAAGAUUUCGUUUCGUUCCAAGAAAGCCAUCUCAGGGCCGCUGCCUGCCUGCCCUUAAAGCUUUCGUCUUCCUUUUCGUUCUUGGGAGUAGGAGAGGGAAGGGCGGCAGCGGUGGGCGAUUGGAGAGAGAUGGGGAGGAGGACAUGGUGGCACGCCAUUGCCGCUCUCGGCGUCGCCGCCGUGGCCGUGGCCGCGGAUAGGGGCUUCUCGGUGACCGGCGCCGCCGCGGCUGCGGCUGCCGUGACGACGCCGGAGGAGAUGGGCCUGCUGCGGAAGGUCGCGAAUUUCUUGUGGCAGACUGAUGGCAACUCGUACCACCACGUUUGGCCGCCAAUGGAGUUAGGGUGUCAAGUAGUGCUGGGAACACUGAUCGGAUUCUUUGGCGCGGCAUUCGGGAGCGUGGGCGGCGUUGGAGGUGGUGGGAUCUUUGUGCCAAUGCUGACUUUGAUAAUUGGGUUUGAUCCAAAGUCAUCAACUGCAAUAUCAAAAUGUAUGAUCAUGGGUGCAGCUGUCUCAACUGUCUACUACAAUCUCAAGCUUAAACAUCCAACGUUGGAUAUGCCAGUUAUUGACUAUGACCUUGCCCUGCUCAUUCAGCCUAUGUUAAUGCUUGGGAUCAGCAUUGGUGUUAUUUUUAAUGUUAUAUUCCCUGAUUGGAUGGUCACGGUUCUCCUCAUUAUUCUUUUCCUAGGCACAUCAACUAAAGCCUUUAUGAAGGGUGUAGAGACAUGGAAGAAAGAAACAAUAAUCAAAAGGGAGGCCGCAAAACGAUUGGAGCAAGCCAGUGAAGAACCAGAAUAUGAACCCCUUCCUACUGGACCAGGUGCUGCAGCUGAUACAAAAAUGCCAUCAGACGAAGCGGCAUCACUUAUGAAGAACAUUUACUGGAAGGAGUUUGGCCUUCUUACAUUUGUUUGGAUCUCAUUCCUUGUUCUUCAGGUCACAAAGAACUACACAGCUACUUGCUCCAGUUGGUACUGGAUAUUAAACCUUCUUCAGAUCCCAGUAUCAGUAGGAGUGACUUUGUAUGAAGCACUGGGCCUGAUGAGCGGGAAGAGGGUGCUGUCAUCGAAGGGUACCGAACAAACUACACUGAAAUUUCACCAGCUCUGCAUAUAUUGCUUCUUCGGUAUUACUGCCGGAGUCGUUGGUGGCCUUCUAGGUCUUGGAGGUGGCUUUAUCAUGGGUCCACUGUUCUUAGAGCUUGGGAUCCCACCCCAGGUCUCAAGUGCAACAGCCACCUUUGCAAUGAUGUUCUCAUCUUCCAUGUCUGUUGUUGAGUACUACCUGUUGAACCGGUUUCCAGUGCCCUAUGCUUUGUACUUUGUUGCUGUGGCAUUCAUCGCUGCCAUUAUCGGCCAGCACGUUGUCAGGAGGUUGAUCAAUUGGUUAGGGCGGGCAUCACUCAUCAUCUUCAUUUUGGCUUUCAUGAUCUUCGUCAGCGCAAUUUCUCUUGGUGGAGUUGGCAUCUCAAACAUGAUUCACAAGAUCCAACAACAUGAGUACAUGGGGUUUGAGAACCUUUGCAAAUACGAGGCGUAAGAAACAAGCAGGCUUAGAAGAAGCGAAUAAUGCCACAUCCGUUUCUCUAGCAGCAUCAGACCUGUGUUGAAGAAUGGAGCAUUCCAAGAUUCAGUUUUCUACCCAUGUGACCCAAGACAAUUUGGUUGUGCAUCAGUUUGGAGGGGAGACUGCCAUGGAUUAGAAUUCCAAACAAUUUUGGAGCACAAGUUUUAAGUCGGUACAGCGUGUAUCACAUAUUCGCAUUGUAUGAAUCUUCCUUACUGAAGUAUAGUUCUGCCAGAGAAUAUCAUCCUUAGCCUCCUAGAUGUGCAUUCUCUGUCAAAAACAUUCAUCAAAUUCAUCUUCAGAUGGUGCAUAGAUACCGUAAUUUAGAACUGUGCUGUCAUUGCCACUUUAUGUGCCAAUAAUAAAAAAAAAACUUUAUUGGAU